AUGAGCAAAACAGACAAGCAAUUUUGUCCAGUGGUCCAGUUUCGUUUCUUUGGCGGUACAAAUAUACUUUGUGUUACACUGGUCACCCUAUUGAAUACAGAGCAAUCAUUACAGAGAAUCAUAUUGCCUCUGAAUUCAUUUGGAGGCUUAUUCUUCUCUUCAUUUACUAAUGUCUUGGAAUACAAUAAUACUUGUGAUGAUUGUCCAAUCAAGAUACGCCGUUACAACAACAACAACAAAGAAGAUGGAAGAAUUGUCUUGCCGUGUAUAUUCAAUGCCGUUUCACUUUGA